GUUUUAACUCUUGAUAUGAACUCGUCUUCGUCUUCGUCUUUUACCUUCUCAGGAUACGAUGUGAUCGCUCAGGCCCAGUCUGGCACUGGGAAGACUGCCACCUUUGCCAUCUCCAUCCUGCAGCAGAUUGAGCUGGAUCUGAAAGCUACCCAGGCCUUGGUGCUGGCCCCCACUAGGGAGCUGGCUCAGCAGGUGGGGAGCAACUGGAAUGAGAUUGUCGACAGCUUUGACGAUAUGAACCUGUCGGAGUCCCUCCUGCGAGGAAUCUACGCUUACGGUUUUGAGAAACCCUCUGCUAUCCAACAGCGAGCCAUUCUCCCUUGUAUCAAGGCCCUGGUUUGGGUAAUCAAACGUCUGCGUGGAAACAAACACCAGGGCAGUGUUUCUCAACCUUGGCAACUUGAAGANGAUGUCCUGGAGGUGACGAAGAAGUUCAUGAGGGACCCCAUCCGGAUCCUAGUGAAGAAGGAAGAGUUGACUUUGGAGGGGAUUCGGCAAUUCUACAUUAACGUGGAGAGGGAGGAAUGGAAGCUGGACACCCUCUGCGAUCUCUACGAGACCUUGACCAUCACCCAGGCGGUCAUCUUCAUCAACACCCGGAGGAAGGUGGACUGGCUGACGGAGAAGAUGCACGCCCGGGACUUCACCGUUUCGGCCAUGCACGGGGACAUGGACCAGAAGGAGCGUGACGUCAUCAUGCGAGAGUUCCGCUCCGGAUCCAGCCGAGUCCUCAUCACCACCGACUUGCUGGAAUGA